AUGGCCUCAAAAUCGUUCAAAGGUACUCGAUCGAACUUAUCAGUUAGCUCAGAUGCUGCUGAAUCUCACAAACCUCCCUUUCCUCCGACGGUGACAUUUGGCCGGAGAACUUCCUCUGGUCGCUAUAUCAGCUACUCAAGGGAUGAUCUUGAUAGUGAACUUGGGAGUAGUGAUUUCAUGAACUAUACAGUGCAUAUACCACCGACCCCUGACAACCAACCCAUGGAUCCAUCUAUCUCACAGAAGGUUGAAGAGCAAUAUGUGUCAAAUUCGCUCUUUACAGGUGGUUUUAAUAGUGUUACACGUGCUCAUCUCAUGGACAAGGUGAUUGAAUCUGAAGCCAGCCAUCCCCAAAUGGCUGGUGCUAAGGGAUCCUCUUGUGCGAUUCCAGGGUGUGAUGCAAAGGUGAUGAGUGAUGAGCGUGGCGUUGAUAUCCUCCCUUGUGAGUGUGAUUUCAAAAUAUGCCGGGAUUGCUAUAUUGAUGCAGUGAAAAGUGGGGGUGGAAUUUGCCCUGGUUGUAAGGAGCCUUACAAGAACACGGAAUUGGAUGAAGUGGCUGUGGACAGUGGAAGGCCUCUUCCACUUCCUCCACCAGGCACAAUGUCCAAAAUGGAGAGGAGGCUGUCGUUGAUGAAGUCAACCAAAUCAGUGCUUAUGAGGAGCCAGACUGGGGACUUUGAUCACAAUAGGUGGCUCUUUGAAACAAGGGGAACUUAUGGGUAUGGGAAUGCUAUCUGGCCAAAUGAUGGGGGUUUCGGCAAUGGGAAUGAUGAAGUUGGCGAGCCCAAAGAAUUGAUGAACAAGCCAUGGAGGCCACUUACUCGAAAAUUAAAGAUACCAGCUGCUAUUAUCAGUCCAUAUCGGCUUCUCAUUCUUAUUCGGAUUGUUAUUCUUGCACUGUUUUUGGAUUGGAGGGUCAGAAAUCCAAACAAUGAUGCGAUCUGGCUGUGGGGGAUGUCAGUGGUUUGUGAGAUAUGGUUUGCUUUUUCUUGGCUUCUGGACCAACUUCCAAAGCUAUGCCCAAUCAAUCGUGCUACAGAUCUUAAUGUCUUGAAAGAUAAAUUUGAAGGACCCAGUCCUAGCAAUCCCACUGGUAAAUCUGAUCUCCCAGGCAUAGAUGUUUUUGUUUCUACUGCAGAUCCAGAAAAAGAACCGCCUCUUGUUACUGCAAACACAAUUUUAUCAAUUCUAGCAGCUGAUUACCCAGUUGAAAAGCUUUCUUGUUAUGUUUCUGAUGAUGGAGGUGCACUUCUAACAUUUGAGGCCAUGGCUGAAGCAGCAAGUUUUGCUAAUAUAUGGGUUCCUUUCUGCCGUAAACAUGAUAUUGAGCCCAGGAAUCCAGAAUCCUACUUCAAUUUGAAGAGGGAUCCUUUCAAAAACAAAGUGAAGCCAGAUUUUGUCAAGGAUCGUAGAAGAGUAAAGCGUGAGUAUGAUGAGUUCAAGGUCCGAAUAAAUAGCUUGCCUGAUUCUAUUCGCCGCCGAUCUGAUGCCUAUCAUGCUCGGGAGGAAAUCAAGGCCAUGAAGCUUCAGAAACAGCACAAGGACAAUGAACCUGUGGAGAGUGUAAAGAUUCCAAAAGCUACGUGGAUGGCAGAUGGCACCCAUUGGCCAGGGACUUGGUUGAAUCCUGCACCUGAGCACUCUAGGGGUGACCAUGCUGGUGUAAUACAGGUGAUGUUGAAACCUCCCAGUGAUGAGCCACUACUUGGAACUGCUGAUGAUACUAAGAUAAUGGACUUCACUGAUGUUGAUAUACGUCUCCCGUUGCUUGUUUAUGUUUCUCGUGAGAAGCGUUCAGGCUAUGAUCACAACAAGAAGGCAGGGGCCAUGAAUGCACUUGUUCGAGCUUCAGCCAUUAUGUCUAAUGGCCCUUUCAUUCUCAACCUUGACUGUGAUCACUAUAUUUACAACUCCCAGGCAAUGAAGGAAGGCAUGUGUUUCAUGAUGGAUCGAGGAGGUGACCGCCUCUGUUAUGUUCAGUUCCCUCAGAGGUUUGAGGGCAUAGACCCUUCUGAUCGAUAUGCUAAUCACAACACUGUUUUCUUUGAUGUGAACAUGCGUGCCCUUGAUGGUCUUAUGGGUCCAGUCUAUGUUGGAACUGGUUGCCUCUUUAGAAGGAUUGCCCUUUAUGGCUUUGACCCACCACGAGCUAAAGAAAACCACCCAGGUUGCUGCAGCUGCUGCUUUGCCAGGCGCAAGAAGCAUUCCUCAAUUGCAAACACCCCAGAAGAGAAUAGGGCUCUAAGAAUGGGUGAUUAUGAUGAUGAAGAGAUGAACCUCUCCCUGCUCCCUAAGAAGUUUGGCAACUCAACUUUCCUCAUUGACUCAAUCCCAGUGGCAGAGUUUCAAGGCCGUCCUCUUGCAGAUCACCCAGCUGUUAAGAACGGACGCCCACCUGGUGCUCUCACUAUUCCCCGUGAGCUUCUUGAUGCAUCAACUGUUGCAGAGGCGAUCAGUGUCAUAUCUUGCUGGUAUGAGGACAAGACUGAGUGGGGAAAUCGUGUUGGGUGGAUUUACGGAUCUGUUACUGAAGAUGUUGUCACUGGGUAUAGGAUGCACAACAGGGGAUGGAAAUCAGUUUAUUGCGUGACCAAGCGUGAUGCAUUCCGUGGCACUGCUCCAAUCAAUCUCACAGAUAGGCUUCAUCAAGUUCUCAGGUGGGCUACUGGUUCUGUUGAAAUUUUCUUUUCCCGUAACAAUGCCCUCGUAGCCAGUCCUAGAAUGCAAUUUCUUCAGAGGAUAGCAUAUCUCAACGUUGGCAUCUAUCCCUUCACUUCAAUCUUCCUGAUCGUGUACUGCUUCCUUCCUGCACUUUCCCUCUUCUCUGGCCAGUUCAUUGUUCAGACCCUUAAUGUCACUUUCCUUGCUUAUCUCCUAAUCAUCACGUUGACUCUAUGUUUACUUGCUGUGCUUGAAAUCAAAUGGUCUGGCAUUGAGCUAGAGGAGUGGUGGAGGAAUGAGCAGUUUUGGUUGAUUGGAGGAACUAGUGCCCACCUUGCUGCUGUGCUUCAGGGGUUGCUGAAAGUCAUUGCAGGGAUUGAAAUUUCCUUCACGUUGACUUCAAAAUCAGGUGGUGAUGAUGUUGAUGACGAGUUUGCUGAUCUCUAUGUUGUCAAAUGGACAUCGCUGAUGAUACCUCCUAUCACCAUCAUGAUGGUCAACUUAAUUGCGAUAGCAGUUGGAUUUAGCCGAACAAUUUACAGUGUUAUACCACAGUGGAGUCGAUUACUGGGUGGGGUUUUCUUCAGUUUCUGGGUCUUGGCUCAUCUCUACCCCUUUGCUAAAGGGUUGAUGGGAAGAAGAGGAAGGACACCGACCAUUGUUUUUGUGUGGUCUGGACUUCUUGCAAUCACCAUCUCUCUCCUUUGGGUGGCAAUCAAUCCCCCAGCUGGCACCAACCAAAUCGGUGGCUCAUUCCAGUUUCCUUGA